AUGGAAUCUGAAAAUUACGCUUCACUUAUUAAUGAAGACAACGAUAACGAUAAGCUUAGCAUUAACUCAGUUAAUGAGUUUCUCACUCAAAAGAAUAUCCUUGUUGAAGAUAAAGGGAGUGCUAAAAGCAAUGAAAGUGGUUAUAAGUUCCUUAAUAGCAAGGAAAAACUUUCUGUAGAGCUUGGAGAAGAUUCAGAACAAGAAGAGAGUCUUUGUAGAAGUGAUUUGAUUGCAGAUAUGGCUGUCAAGCAACUUACAGUUCCUAAAGCAAUCAUGAAUAGGUCUAAGUUGAUAAAUAGCCCUAAAAAGAAGACAUCGAGAUCUAAAUCUACUUUCUAUCAUCAAGAUGUAGCCAAGAUGCUAGCUGUUCGCAAGAUAAUUACUGAAGCUGAAAAGAAGCUUGACUCUUGACAAAUCCUCAAAAUUAUUCAGAAGAAAUAAAGAGUAACUCCCCAAUAACUGGCAUGAGGAUACUAAUUCUAUUCUUAGAACUUUUGGUUUUAUGAAGCUUGACUAUUAAAGCUUCUUAAUAUUAAAAGUCUCCAAGAAUAGUUCCAAUGACCAACGAUCAUAAUCGGCUUGCCAAAAGGCAUAACCUAAUUGAUAUCUAGACUUUUAAC